AUCCAUCCUCGAACCUUCAGCACAACACUGAGCAUAGCAACUCCGCGAAUCGCCGAGCAUUCUGUACUAACUUCAACCCGGAAACUGUUUUUCUUGCCAUCCCUCAUCGACAUAGCCAUAGUACAUCCAUCCUGAACCCCUUCGAAGCCUGAAUCUUGACUUAUCGCUAUCAGCGCCGCACUUGCAGCUCCCCCUCCUCCCUCAAAAGGACCCUAUACGACCCAAACCACCCUGAUUCUCCCAGCAACCACUCGCCCAAGAUGUCGCAAAUUCACUCCUUGUCCGAUGACCAGGUGAUGCAAGAGUUGCGCAAGAUGACAGCCUUCAUCAAGCAAGAGGCGGAAGAAAAAGCGCGCGAAAUCGAGAUCAAGGCCAACGAGGAGUUCGCCAUCGAAAAGUCCAAGCUGGUGCGGCAGGAGACGGACGCCAUCGACAGCGCCUACGAGAAGAAGUUCAAGCAAGCUACUAUGUCGCAGCAGAUCACGCGGUCGACCGUCGCCAACAAGACGCGACUGCGCGUGCUGGGCGCCCGCCAGGACGUGCUCGACGGCAUCUUCGAGGCUGCCGAAAAGCGCUUGCCCGAGGCCACCAAGGACCCGAAACGCUACGGGUCCAUCCUUAAGGAUUUGAUUCUCGAAGGCUUCGCCAUCAUGAACGAGCCCAAUCUGCAGAUACGCGCUCGUAAGGCCGAUUACGACGUCGUCCGCGCCGCCAUCGACGCGGCCGCUGCCGAGUUUAAGGGGAUGGAGUCGGGCAUGGAGGUGAACGCGACCAUUGACGAGGAGGAUCCGCUGCCAGAAGGAUGCGCUGGGGGUGUGGUCAUCGUUGGUGGCCAGGGCAAGAUCGACAUGGACAACACAUUUGAGACCAGGUUGCUUCGGCUCAAGGAGAGCUCGCUACCGCUUUUGCGCGAAGCCUUGUUUGGGAAGAACCCUAACCGCAGGUUCUACGACUGAAAGUCGGGAGCCGCGAUGCACAGAAAACCUAUGCUUUAUUUAUUCAUGCCUAGGGGCCAUGAUCACGAUGAGCGUUCACCAGAUUGCGGGCCCGGCAUCUCCAACAACAAGCCUCAUUUAAUGUACAUAUAUAACGCAAUGCCGAGCCAAGCCAAGCCGAUAUGGGAAACGGGAGGGUAUCUCUGGAGGUUUGCAUGUACAUAGAAGACGGAUGGAGAGUCCAUCAUGCAAAGAGCCAAGGGAUGACUGGUAUCAUGAAUUAUAAGCUUUUGCCACUGAUAGCGGCUUGAAUCACUUCUUGGCUUGAGUCCCC